AUGGUGUUUGAAGAUUUAGGACGAUAUCUAUCGUACAAGAAAUCAAUGUUAGGUGGGAUUCUAAUGGGAGAUGGAGCAAAAACAACCGAAAUUCCGGGAAAAGCAACAAGAUUGAUCCCUACGCUAUAUCUAAUUCUAACUAACAAGCCCCUAGCCCCAAAUAAUCAACCACAACCACACAUUCACCCACCACCAUCACACAGUCCAUCGAAUCAGUGGCAAAAAUCGUACCGCUCCAUUACCCGAAACCCGCCGCGUCAAUGUGCUCCACCCGGUGUUCAUUGGUGUCGUUCCGAUGGGCCUGCGGCGGCCGCCCGCUUGGAGGCGCGAAUAUUCUCGUCGCUCAUCCUCGAGCGGGAGAGCUGCACUUCUCAACGGCCGACUGGCUGA